GCUGAUUGGCUGGUUCCCACCUGACCUGCCCGGGCCCGGGGAUUCCACUGCAAGCUGCAAAUGCAAUGCUUUGCAAUGUAGCACCAGCCUGCCUGCCUUCCUUAACUUCUUGCUCUUAAAAAAACUGCCCUGCAAAAAAGUCACGCAGCAUUCCCUGCCAUGGAGCCGGUCAGCCUGGACAAUCUCUCCAUCCUGUAUCAAAGUGCGGACUUCAUUGUGGUCAACAAGCACUGGGACGUCCGCAUUGACAGCAAGAUGUGGUACGAAAAGCUCACCCUCCAGAGCCAGCUGAAGCACCGCUUCCCAGAGCUGGCUGACCCAGACACUUAUUAUGGCUUUCGGUUUUGCCACCAGUUGGACUUCUCCACCAGCGGCGCAUUAUGUGUGGCCCUCAACAAAGCUGCGGCUGGCAGCGCAUACAAGUGUUUCAAGGAGCGGAUGGUGACCAAAGCCUACCUUGCUCUGGUGCGGGGCCAUGUCCAGGAAGCAAAACUAACCAUUGAAUAUGCCAUUGGGAAGAACACCACCGAGGGAAUGACCCACAUGAUGUGCAUUGAAGGCACCGAAGGGUGCGAAAACCCCAAGCCUUGCCAAACAGAGCUGACGGUCCUUGAGCAUGGGCUCUAUAGCGGUGACCCCGUGAGCAAGGUUCUCCUGCAGCCGCUGACCGGCCGGACGCACCAGCUGCGGGUCCACUGCAGUGCUGUGGGGCACCCCAUUGUGGGCGACUUCACCUACAGCCUGAAGACGGACGGCAGUCCCUUCCGCAUGAUGCUCCACGCCUAUUACUUGCGCAUCCCCACUGCCAAGGAGCUGGUCGAGGUCAGCGCCCCGGACCCCUUUGUGCCUGCUUUGGAUGGUCAUUGGGCGCCGCAGCAGACCGUGUGCCAGCUGGACGACCUGAUCCAGUGCCUGAAAGAGAAGAGUGCCUGGGCAGAAGGAACGGGGCGCAAGGCGGAUGGGCCCCAAAACCCCAAACCUGAAGCACCGCAGGAAGCCCCUGAGACAGAAGAGCAAGGGACCCAAUGCCGGGAAUGGCUGGCAGAGUGGGCCCCAGAAUGAGGAAGCAUCGUUUGGCUUAUUCAGACAUGACAGUGGUCUCAUAUCGCUUUUGCACCUCAAUAUGUCUCCAAAUGGACCCCAAAUGUUCCUGAUUCGAGACCCAAGAUUUGGAUCCAUUUACGGUUUUUAACAUGGGCCAUUUUUAUUGACGGUUAGCCGCCUUUUACUCAUCUAAAGUAUUUAUUUAUUUAUUUAUUUAUUUAUUGUAUUUUUACUCCGCUCUAUCUCAACCCUGAAAGGGACUGACUCAGAGCAGCUUCCAAAUUGGCAAUAAUUCAAUGCCACAGCAAA